AUGGCAUUUAGAAAAGGAGGAAAGAAAUCAUUUUAUAAAAAAAAAGAAGAAAAAGCUGAAGAUCAUACAAAAGAAGAAGAGGAGGAAGAUAACUCUGAAGAUGCUGGAAGCGAUAGUGAAGAUAAAACUCCAACAAAAAAGCAAAAAACCUCAAACUCAACAUCCAAUACAACCACAACUAAAAAAUCAUCAUCAUCAUCAUCAAGUAGUAAUGAUAAAUCAAUUGAUUUGGGUAAUAAAAGAAAAAUUCAAUUCUCAACAUUUGGUGGAUCUUCAAAGAUUGAUAUUAGGGAAUUUUAUGAAGAUAAAAACUCAAAAGAAUUAAAACCAGGAACAAAAGGUAUCUCUUUAACCUUCGAACAAUUUCAAAUUAUUGCAGAUAAUAUUGAUACAAUCUUAUCUUGGACAAAAUAG